ACUACAAUAGGUCUAAGAUGGCUAGGGACAGGAAGACUAGGUUCACCCCGAAGACACAUAAAGAGUUAGACAGGGUUGAGAAGAAGUCAAAAGAAUGUAGUCUGCGUUGGGCAUUUGGGCCAGAGACUGAGGUGGAUGAUAGAGACCAGUCAUAUGUGGUGAAUUUGGAGAAUGAGACUUGUGCAUGUCGAAGCUGGCAAAUGAAUGGUAUUCCAUGCAUCCAUGCUGCUAAGGUCAUCCUUGGCGUGGGAAGAAAACUCUCUAAAUUUGUUGCUCCUUUCUACACAACCUCUAAGUGGCGUGAAACCUACAGUUUUGGGAUCAGACCUGUAAAUGGGAUGAUAGAGUGGCCUCGGACCAAUAGAUUAGGUGUGAUUCCACCACCUAAUCGAAAUGGCAAGCCUGGUAGGCCUAAAAACCAUGAUCGAAAGAAGGGAACCAAUGAGACAGUGUCUACUACCAAGCUGAGUCGUGCGAACAGGGUAAUGACAUGCUCUAAUUGCAAAGAAGAAGGGCACUACAAGAAUACAUGUCAGAAGGUUUUUGUUGAGAGCCCACCUAAGAAACCAAGAGGCAGACCAAGGAAAUAUCAGGGACUACACUUUGGCGAGUCACAAGCUCAAUCCUCAGAAGCUCAAACCUCACAAAAUCAAUCCUCACAAGCUCAAGCAUCACCAUGGGAAGUUCCUCAAUCUUCAGAAGGUCAAUCCUCACAAGCUCAACCAUCACGAUGGGAAGUUCCUCAAUCCUCACAAGCUGAAGCAGCAGCGUGGGGAAGAUGGUUUUUUUAGAUUCUUGUGUGUUGUUUAUGAUGGUCUCUGUCUGAAUGCUUUCGUUGUCUGUUGUUUAUGAUGGUGUCUCUGUCUGAAUGUUUUUGGAACAAGAACUACCUUUUUCUUUCUUCUCUUCCUGCUGUUUUAAUUUGAAACUCUCAAUGAAGAUAGUGUUGGUUAUUAUCUUUGUGUUUUCAUCAUGUUGUUUAUCUUGAUGGUCUGUUCAUUGGUGUGUUCAUUUGUCCUUCU